GUUUUUUUCUAUAUCGUACCAUGACUACAUUCUUACAUUUUCUUGCCAUCAGCCCAGGCCGCUAAGUGCAGGACUCGCCUGCAUAGUUUCCAACAUGAGACCGAGGCAACACCAUUGACGGAAGUUGUUGCUUACUCCCGCCUUACAGCUUUGAGCCUUUUUUUCCAGGCCUAGCUGAAAUCAUCUGUCAAUGAACCUGAUGGUCAAAGUAUACCUUGUAUCAGGGGCGGGGCUCCUCCUCUUUUGGCUUCUCUUUAUGCUCUUUUUCGGCAACAGCCGCUAUAGACACAUACGUACAUUCUACAAAUACUCGCUCAAGCUCAGUUUGCUCAUCCCGUUCUUCUACCUCGCCAUUCUCACCACAUCCUUGACCAUUUUUUUCCGGGAUACUUAUCCGUUCCUACCGGCUGACCAAUGGGGUAUUCGGUGGUUUCUGGUAUGGACCAUCAUCGUGGUAAACUACGCUGUCACCUUUGCCGCAGUGUUUGUACGCCCCGUGCGGGUCACCCAAGGGAAUGUGGCAGCGAUGCAUGUGAAAUUCCCUCCCAACCAGCUUAUUUUCUUUCCCGACGCAGUGUGUUCCACGUGUAUGCUUGCCAAGCCAGCGCGGUCCAAGCACUGUUCACUCUGCGGCGGCUGCUUUGCAUUCUACGACCACCAUUGUAUUUGGUUGAACAACUGCGUUGGUCUCGGAAAUUAUAAAUGGUUUGCCGGGUUUCUCGUGUCGAACAUCCUGAUUAUGUGCUACGGGAUGGCGCUCACAGGGAAAGUUAUCCUCCAGCAGUUCCCGGGGCUUGACUUUCCAGAGCUGUCGCGGAACGCGGUUUUCCGGUUUGUUCAGAAAUCCUGGCUGGUUAUGAAGUCGACUCCUCAGAAUAAAAAUAACGGGACGCUAUUGUUGCUUUGUGUGCUCUUUGCCAUGGUGUUGUUUGCAUUUACGGGCGAGCAUCUCCGCAUGGUAUACGUUGGGGCCACCACCAACGAGCAAGACAAGUGGGGGUACAUUCAGUAUCUCAUCCAGCUAGAAUGUUUGUACAGACUUGAGACGGGAACCUACCUUGGAGAGAGGUAUUUUGAGCGGAUUGGCCCGCACGACCUGGGGCUCUUGUCUCUCAGGAGCAACGAACAGGUACCAGGCUUGCACGUGUCUCGUCUUGUGAAAAUUGACAACAUUACGGAAGUGAAUAAUAUUUACGAUGACGGUUUUUGCCGCAACUUUAUGAAGCGAAUGGAAUGAGAAAAUACUAAAGACUGUAUAAAGGGUAGUUUGGUGCGUUUACAGCAAAGGAUCCAAUAACGUGAUUCAAUAGACACAAUCCGCUACAAAACGGCCAUAGGUUAUUUGCCAAAUCAGCUAACAUGUUGUUGAUUCUACUGUCUUUGAUUAAACGUAUGUCUAAUCGAG